AUGAAUAUCACUAAAAGUACAAUUAUUUUCCUCUUCUUUUGCAUUCUUAUCGCUUCUGGCGUUCUUGCCCAGUCCGGUUCUCCCGGUCCCAACGGUCCCGCACCUAGUGGUGCUCCCAGCGGUGCUCCAGGUCCCAACGGUCCCGCACCUAGUGGUGCUCCUAGCGGUGCUCCCGGUCCCAACGGUCCUGCACCCAGCGGUGCCGCACCCAGCGGCGCCGCACCCAGCGGUGCCGCUCCCAACGGUCCCCCACCUAGUGGUGGUCCCAACGGUCCCGCACCCAGUGCUAAAGGACCUCCUCCCCCUGCAACUACCUCACCCGCACCCCCUGCCAAGUCGAGUGCUUCAAGCAUUUACGAUAAGAGUUUUGAAUUGAUCGUUGGUUCUUUGGUUGCUUUAUUAAUUGGUGGUUUAUUAUAUUAA